GGCCCAUUCCUCCUGUUUUUUUUACUGCGUUAAAUCAUCGUUACCGGUGCCUCGCUGUUUACAUCUGUUUAUAAUUCAUGUCUCCAGAUGAGGUUUAGCCAGUUAGCCAAAGUUUCAUGAUGGAGCUGCUGAGUAUCUUCUGUAGCGGGGCGGAUUUAACAUUAUAUGCUUAUGCGGUGUGAAAUAAACAAAGAAGAGGCACUCGACCGAUUCCUGUCUAAUUGUGAGGUCGUUUACGGGUUUAGGUUGUUUUUUCAACAUCGAACUGUCUCGUUUUCCUAUCUUCAUUUUUAAGCUUACACUCUAUAGCUUUAUGAUAGCUAGUUUGUUGCUUUUAAGUGUUAUCAAGAGAGGAAUCGUAUUUUCUUCUAACAGGAAUGUAAACAGGAAUGCCUGUGUUUCGGUUUUUAUUGUGCCUCAUAUGCUCCUCCUGGCUGAACCACGGCGCUUCACCGUCACCUGAUCUCAAGAGGAAACUGGCAGCGCAGAGAUGAAGGGGACUGUGCUUUUGUUCUACCUCCUGCAAGGGCAGCACGUUUCUAACUAAACGGACGAAUUAGAACAUGUAAAGUAAAGGACGCGUGAAAAGAGGAACCGAAAGCUGGACCGUUUCCACUCACUCAGAAGUCCAAAAUGUUCGUCUAGCUCGAGCGAAGGUGUCUGAGGUUCCAUUGAAGGUAUUUUCCCCUCCUGUCGCAUUGCCAAUGAAGGCGUGCUUUCCUCCUGGACUGUGUUGUCGUCUUCUAUGAGCCGUGAUGUCGGAUACGGAGAGGUCUCUGCCGGUUCUCCGGAGGCUGAGCUAUGCGGUGGGACACUUUCUGAACGAUCUGUGUGCCUCUAUGUGGUUCACGUACCUGCUGGUGUUCUACCACUCUGUGCUGGGAUUCGAAAACGCUAAUGCAGGUUUGUUGUUGCUGGUUGGGCAGAUAGCUGAUGCUAUCUGUACACCUCUUAUUGGCUAUGAGUCGGACCAAACCCCCGGCUGUGGAAACUAUGGCAAGAGGAAGACGUGGCAUUUAGUUGGUACACUGAGUGUGCUGCUGUCCUUCGCCUUCAUCUUUAACCAGUGUGUGGGCUGCGGAGUCUUCACCCCUCAGUGGGUCAGUUUGAUCUACUUCAGCCCCUUCAUCAUCAUAUUUCAGUUCGGCUGGGCCGCCACGCAGAUCUCCCACCUGUCUCUCAUCCCAGAGCUGGUCACCUGUGAGCAUGCUAAAGUAGAGCUCACCGCGUACAGGUACGCGUUCACCGUGAUAGCCAACAUCACAGUGUAUGCGGUGGCUUACCUGCUGUUCCACCUCCAGACCGGGGAGGACGAUGGCUCAAUCAGUGAUCAGCUUGGACCGAGAGAUAUUCCUGUUUUCAGGAAUCUGGCAUUAAUCGUCCUGGGGAUUGGAGCUCUCUUCUCUAUCUUCUUCCACCUGGGGACCACAGAGAGGAGGCUGGGAGCAGGAGAGGAGGAGGAGGGAGGAGAGGAGAGGAGGAAGAGGAGGAGGAGGGAGGAGGAGGAGGAGGAGGCGGAGGGUGAGCGGAGGCCCCUGCUGCCUCGCUCGGACACCUCCUCGUCACUUCUGCAGUGGAAAUGUUGGCUGCAGCAGCCUUCUUUCUACCAGGUGGCCUUACUCUACAUGUCCACCAGAUUAAUAGUCAACCUGUCACAAACGUACAUUUCAAUGUAUCUCAUCAACACUCUGAGGCUGCCCAAGAAAUAUAUCGCCACAAUUCCAUUAGUGAUGUACGUGAGUGGCUUCCUGUCCUCCUUCAUCAUGAAGCCUGUCAGUAAACUCAUUGGAAAAUGUCUCACCUACUUCGUGGGGCUGCUGCUGAUCAUGGCCUUCUCGUACUGGGUGCUGCUGGACGUCAGCAUGGACCAGCAGGUGUACGGGGCGGCCGUGCUGCUGGGGGCCGGCUCGGCCACCAUCCUGGUCAUAUCACUCGCUAUGACCGCAGAGCUCAUCGCAGAUCAGACGCAAAGUGGAGCGUUCGUGUAUGGAGCCAUGAGUUUCACUGAUAAGUUGGCUAAUGGAGUGGCUGUGAUGAUCAUCCAGGUCGUGAAUCCUUGCCAUACCGUGUUGUGCUGUCCAGAAUGUGUGUGGUUCUACCAUUACAUCAUGGUCAUAGUGACAGGAGGCGUGAGCGUCGUCGCAGCUCUGGCUCUCUGCUCCAUCCUCAUCUGGCCGAUCAAGAUCAGACCCCGUGAUGUGGCAGUCACCCCAGAUGAUGCAGCCAGAAUCAACUGAAGGAUCCCCCCCCCCCCCUCCCACUGGAGAAGCACUAACCCUGGGCUCAGACGCACAGCAACAACUUUCACUUUUAGUUUUUUUAAGUUUCAUUUUGAGUUUCUCCAGGGAAAAGUAUCUGGAAUUUUUCAGGAUUUCCUGUCUGGCUGCUCAGCUGGUACACUUAGUAUGCCAAAGGAUGGAGAAGGAACAGAGAAGAUGUUUGAAUUUAAUUUUGUAGACAUUUAUAAACUGGAUCUUGUUUUCUCAUCAUCUGUCCCUAAAAACAUGUCAGGCUGUAGCUGACCUGACUGUAUAAUUGGAUUUUCAUUCAGUCACAGACUGAGAACAGCUCAGCCUACAUCAUGGAUGUGGAGAGCAACACCUCCUUCUAGACUGUUUUGUUAAUCACUCCAUCAACACAGUAAAUUAUAUGACAGCGUUCAAAAUAUAAGCACUUUAUUAGUUCAUUUUAAUUUAUUUGAUCAAUAACAAAACCGUCUGAACAGCGCAAACUAAGAAAGGACAAAGACGGGACGGUGAGAUCAUUUGAGAGAUUCAAAGAUCAUGGCAAAAUAUAUAGCAACAUAUAUAUAAUAACUAAACAGUUUCCACAAUUACAAAUAAAUGCAGUUGAAAUUAAUUGAAUUGAAAUGGUAAUUCACAAAUUCUAGGCAAGAAUUCCAUCAGUGGAGGCAUACACAUAGACAACAUGCUUCAGCUUCAGUCCCGUUUCUCCCAGAGUGAGCUGAAGCACUGGAUGUUACCAGUCAUGUGGAAGCUGAGAAACCAAUGAAUAGGCCAGUAGUGGGGAAGCGUGACGAUGCAGCAGCACAGACGCCUGUUCCAUAGGACCUGAUGAGAAACCAAGGUCAGAAUAGUUCAACUUGUAUUUUAUGGCAUGUACACUCUUUUACCUGGUCGGGGUCAGGGGAGUCAACUAUUUACAGAUCUCCUGAAAGGCUAAAAGACCUGGCGUACAGCUGCAAGUCAUCUGAUAAGGGACAAAGGACAACAGAAGGCACCAGUGAGAUCCAGAGUCCUAGCAGCUGAUGUCGUCUCAGCGUCAUCAGCCGAGUAGGAACGUCUUCAUUGUUUCACUGCACUACAUUCUCCCACUCCAGCUACUACAUCAACAUUCCGUCGGUGGACUUGUGAAGGCUGGCUGAGAUACAAACUAUUGGUGACACGCGUGAGGGAUUUGCUGCAUCGCACAGACACAACCCAGACAAGAAGGGAUCAUGACGUGAUGCACUUCAGAGCUGUGGAUAAGAGCUUGUGCCCCGUUGGGGCUUCAGUCAGAGGAGCUUUACAGUCCCAGCGCUGUUCCAGUUUUUACCUCAUUGUGGAAUUUAUUUUGAUAAAGCACUAUUCUGAGUUUACCUUUCUCAUGGAACAGCUUGAUUUAUGUAUCACUUUUGUUUUCUUUUUAGAUUGUUUUACCUCUCUAAAAUCAAACUUAGAAGAUAUUUUUAUAAUCCAAAGACACUUAAAUAGUAGAACUCUAUUUGAUAUUUUCAAAGGGAUCAUUGCUGUGUGUAUUUAUAUGAUGUGUAAAUACUAACAGAAGGGAAUAAUACUGGUAAAGUACCAGAGCAGGUACUGAGGUUUGACUGGGACUUGUGGGAAGUCUUAUGUCGUGUUCAGCCAAAGCUAUUUGCUGCGACCUCUGUGAGAAUCUAUUCAUCUCAAGUGUGGCAACUACACUGUCAUUUGUUUUUGUAUGUCCAUGUCCAUGCUGUCCUGAUCACUCAGAUGAUUCCAUGUGUGACAGUGUUUAAUAAAAGGAAACACGUUUCUUGAGAUGAAA